GCUUGUUAGUAGAGCGGUUAAAUUUGAAAAAAUUAAACAUUUGCAAAGGGUGGCGGAAAUGAUUUUGGAUAAAUAUAAAUGAAGAUUAAGACGGCGAUAUAAUUAAAGAAUAAGAUUGUUUGGAUGAAGAUGGAGCCUUUUGUAGCAAUCCCAAGUGAUCAGUCUGAACCGACUAAAACCAAUAAUAUGCGAAGGAUUUCAUCGAUUUUAAAAGCACCUCGCACCCCACUUAAAAGUAUUGGGGGAGAAGAUGGAUGUCAGGACUGCACAAACAAACCAUUUGAAAAGAAAAGACGAAGUUCUCGAAGAGUCAGUUUUGCCCAAACCAAUAAUAUAAAGGAUUUUAAAAAUGAUUCACCUGUGACAAAACUUUUGGGAGACCUGGAUGGAACGGAAAUGGAAGAUUUGGAUAAGGAGAACAGGUUGAAUGCUGAUCAAGAUGGAAAACCACAGUUACUUGGCAUGGAAACUUUGCUCAAUGCUCCCCUACAAGUUCCACAGCAGCAGAAUAAGGAAAGGUCCUUUUUUGAGCAUGGAACUAUGGACACAGUUGCUGAUAAAACGGUAGUAUUUUCUGAAGAAGACAAUGCAAAUAUGGAUAUGACCUACAGCCACACUAUUGUUAUUAGUAAGGAUGAUGAUGACAUCAACGAUGUUGCUAACUGUGGAAAUCUAGAUGUCGGAGAGUUCAUUUCUAGACUGGACAAAAACAAGGACGUUGGUAAUGCUGACUCAAGACGGGAAUACAGCUACUUCAGCAGAUGUGAAGAUUCAACAAUCUUUGGUAAUAAUUCUGUGAAGACAUCUGAUUUCAAAAAUGGCCUUGCAAAAUCAGUUGGACAGAGUGGUAACAGACGCUUUUUCAGUGAUCCAAGUUCUUUAACCCCAUUGGUUCAACAGAAUUCUGUGCCACCUGGGCCUGAGAAAAUAUGUUCCAAAGAUUUUCUUUCCAGACUCAAAUCACAUGGAUCUGGUUUUGAUAAAGAAAAGCAAGCAUCUGUAUUAACAGAAAGGUUUGAUCUCCAGUUCAUCAAUAAGACAAUGUUAGUAGACAAAGAGGACAAUAUGGACAUGACUAAAAGCCACACAAUUUCAAUAGAUACCAGAACAAUAAAUGAGAAUAAAUGUGUCAUACAGCCUGCAGAACCAGAUGAUAUGGACAUGACAAAAAGCCAGACUGUUGACAUUGCUUACAAGGAAGUUAUGGCUUCUGAUCCAUUCAGAGUAAUCCCUCCAAAAACUAGAAAACUUGUAGCUGGUUUAGCAGGUUGUAGCAAUGAAACUGUUGUUUUUUCAGAGGAGCUUAAUGAAAUGGACAUGACUAAGAGCCAUACAGUGGCUAUUGACACUAAGAGCAUUUUAAAUACUGGUGAGAAACCAUUGGAUUUGUGUCAUAAUGCUCUAGGUUCUUGUGGAUUGUCCUCAAGACCUGAUUAUAAGGACAUGACAAAAAGUCAGAUGAAUUCACUUGAUUACAAAACUAAUGCAGCACUUACCAAUCCAGCUAAAGACAUUAACAAAAGAUGUAGAAGUGUACUUGGUUUUUCUGUUCCAGCUGAUAAAACAGUUCUUUUUUCUGUAGACGAAGAUGAUAUGGACAUGACUAAAAGCCAUACAGUUGCUAUUGACAACAGAAGUCUUUUUAGGCAGAAACGUGAACAAAAUAAUAAAUUAGUUGACAUGGAGAUGACAAGAAGCCAAAUGGCUGCAGUUGACUGCAGGACUAUUGAAGUAACCGAUCCACUCAUGGCUGUGCAAACUAAACCAAGAAGUAAUGCAACAUCUUUUUCAGCUCCCUAUGAUAGAACAGUGGUGUUUCCAGAACACUUGGCAGAAAUGGAGAUGACACAGAGCCACACAGUAUCUAUAGACAGCACAAAUAUCUUAAUGGCUAGAGAGAAAUCUGAAAUGUGUUUUUCUGAAAGCCGUUUACCAUGUUCCCCUUCUUUUACCUCUGUGCCAAAAGACAUGGAACUUGCAAAGGGCCAGACUGUAAAAAGUGACUUUAAAACCACUCUGGCAGAAAAUUCCACUUCAGCAAUAAGGAGAUCUAAACAAAGUAUCUUUAGUUUGUCUGUUCCUGCUGAUGGAACAGUUGUCUGUUCAGGAGAGUAUGAUAUGGAUAUGACUAAAAGCCACACUGUGGCUAUUGACUGCAAGAGCAUUAUUAGAGAAAUUGAUAACCCAAUGCAGUCAUCAAAUAGCAAUGUUCCAUCAACUUUGCAUUCAGUAAUUAGUAAUGCUGAUGAAAUGGAAUUAACAAAGAGCCAAACGGUAUUUGGAAUGUUUGAAAAAUCUAAAAAAAAUCCGAUUGGUUUGUCUAUUUCUUCUGAUAAAACAAUUUUUUUUUCGGUGGACCAGGAUGAGAUGAACAUGACAAAAAGCCAUACUGUAUCUAUUGACAACAGGGGCCUUUAUGAACAAAACGUGGAGCAAAAUGACAUGAAAAUAAUGAAAACCCAACCUGCUGCAGUUGACAGUAACAAUAUUGAAGAUGAUCGUUUCAUGGGAAUUCAUACUAAACCGAGACCUAAUAUGACUGUUUUUUCUGCUCUCCCUGAUAAAACAGUGUUUUUUUCAGAGGGCAUAGCUGAAAUGGAUAUGACUAAAAGUCACACAGUAGCUAUUGACAGAUCAUACAUCUUACCAGCAGCAAGUGAAGCAAUAGCCAGAAACAAAACAGGAAUGUUAUUGUCUGAAAGUAUUCUACCAAGUUCCCAUUUGUCCACCUCUGAAGCAGAAGAUAUGGAACUUACAAAGAGCCAGACUGCUAAGAUUGACUUCAAAACCACUGCAGCAGACAGUUUUGUCCCGAAAUGUAAUAUCAGAUCUGGAAGAAGUGUCUUGGGUUUCCCUGUUCCUGCUGAUAUAACAGUUAUGUUUUCAGGAGGGUGCGAUGAUAUGGACAUGACUAAAAGCCAUACUAUGGCUAUUGAAACCAGCAGCCAUUUUGAACAGAAUGAGGAGUCAGAUGAUAUGGAAAUGACAAGAAGUCAAACUGUUGCAAUUGACUGGAAGAAUAUUGAAGCAGCUGAUCCAUUUAUGGGGAUCCCAGCUAAACCAAAAUGUAAUGCGACGUCUUUAUUGGCGCCUUCUGAUAGAACAGUACUUUUUUCAGAGGACUUAGCUGAAAUGGAGAUAACUAAGAGCCACACAGUGGCUAUCAAUAGCUCAAACCUCUUACCAGAAAGUGAAAAAAGAGCGAGAGAGAAAUCUGGAAUGUUCUUGUCUGAAAGCAUCCUACCGCAUUCCCACUUUUCCACCUCUGAACCCGAUGACAUGGAACUUACAAAGAGCCAGACUGUUAAGAUUGAUUUUAAAACCACUGCAGCAGACAGUUUUGCCCCAAAAUCUAACAUCAGAUCUAGAAGUGUCUUGGGUUUGUCUGUUCCUGCUGAUAGAACAGUCGUGUUUUCAGGAGAGAAUGAUGAUAUGGAAAUGACACGAAGUCAAACUGUUGCAAUUGACUAUAAGAAUAUUGAAGCAGCUGAUCCAUUUAUGGGGAUCCAAGCUAAACCAAAACGUAAUACAACUUCUUUAUUGGCUCCUUCUGAUAGAACACUAGUUUUUUCAGAGGACUUUGCUGAAAUGGAGAUAACUAAGAGCCACACAGUGGAUAUUGACAGCUCAAACAUUUUACCAACAAAUGACAAAAUAGGCAGAGAUGAAUCUGGAAUGUUCUUGUCUGUUUCUGCUGAUAGAACAGUUGUUUUUUCAGGAGACUGUGACAAUAUGGACAUGACCAAAAGCCACACAGUGGUCAUAGAUAAGAGAAAAGUAAAAGAGGUGGGUGAAGAUUGCAUGCAGUCUGUUCCAAAUAGUGUCCAGCUUAAUUCUGAGAUGUCGGCUGCCAUAAAAAUUACAAGAAGCCAAACUAGUGCUGUUGACUGCAGGCCUGUUGAAGCUGAUUCAUUCAUUGGAAUUCGACAAAGACCUAGAAAAAGUGUGACCUUUUCUUCACUUCCUACUGAUAAAACUGUUGUGUUUUCAGAGGAUCGGAAUGAAAUGGACAUGACUAAAAGCAACACAGUGGUUAUUGAAAGUACUUUUUUUCAAAAUAAUGCAAAUAUGCAAUAUUUACUCAAAAGUGAUACAGAAAAGACAAAGAACCAAACUAUUGCUAAUGAUGUGAAAAGCAGCAUUGAAAUUAACCAUCCGAAUGCACAGGGAAAUAAGAGAUUUAAACAAAGUGUGCCUCGUUUGUCCGCCCCUGUGGACAAAACUACUCUGUUGACAGAUGAUCAAGAUGAAAUGGACACAACAAAAAGUCACACACUUGCUGUCGGAAGCAGUAAUCUUUUAACACAAAGAGAGAAAACAACCGGUGAAUUGAAUAACUCCAUUCUGCGAGUAGACUGUUCAGUUUUGGAUCAACAAAAUAUGGAUAUAACAAGGAGCCAGACAGUUUUUAUUGAUUGCAGCACUAAUCCAGCAGCAGGUAACAGUACGAAAUCUAAGCAAUAUGUGGCUGCUUUAUCGAUAUCUGAAAAAAAUAUUGAGUUUUCAAAACAAUGUGAUGAUAUGGAUAUGGCUAGAAGUCACACAGUGGCCAUUGAGAGCAGGCGGCCUUUUGAGCAAGUACCCCGUUUACAAUUUCAAGAUGAUAAACAAAUAAUUGGAAACCAGACUGUUACCAUUGGCCACCAAAACAGUGAGAUAGUUAACCCAUUAAUCAAAAGUAAAAGUGCUUCAGAUGAGUCAGUUCCUAUUAAAACAAUUACUUUCUCAAAAGGUGAAAAUAUGGAAAAAACUAAAGGCCAAGAAGUGGCUAUUAAAGGAAGGAGUCCUGUGCAAGGCAGUGAAAGAGAUGUAGAAUCCCAGGAAAUGUCAGUACAGUGUAUGUCUAGAACUAUCAAACCAGAUAUUUUUUCAUCCUCUGAUAAACCUGCUUUAGGUAUGAGUGUAUUGGUAGAUGGUCUUGCAACAGAGAAAACACUCUCUGAUUCACGUUUUUGUUUUGAACCUCAAAAUGUAAAUAAAUUAGAUGAAGAAAGAGGAUCUGAAGACAAGAGUAACUGUUUUGGAUUAAAUAAUCAAGAAGUUAAAAGAGAGAGUGUUCCUUUCAUAGUUUCUGACCUUAACUUAGAAUCAAGAGAGCAAAUGAAAAAGGCUGAUUUAACUGAAUUAACUUGUGAAAUUAAUAGAACAGUGGAAGAAAGUGGUGAACUAUCUCUACAGAAUUCAGGGGCUAUUAAUGAAGCUGUCAAAAUGGCCAACAGAAGAAGGAGAAGUCUUGUGGAUCUCCAGUCAAAACUUAAAAACAUUAAAAAUAUGAUCAACAAAUCAGAAACUGGGAUGACUUGCCACACAGCACCUUUACCUAAAUUGAUUAAGCUCUCAGAAACCGAAACUGAAGACAAAUGUGAUAAAGAUUCCUUUCCCAGAAAUGAAUGUAACAAUCCUAAUGCAGCUGAUUAUGGAGAGGUACAUUUUGCAGUAUCUGAAGAGCCAAAAAAUCUUCAAUGCAACGACAACAGUAGUCAUGUGGAUCUAACCAGGAAUAUGACCACACCUGUUAACUUCUGUUAUGACAAGCCUCAGAAAACAUCAAUGUCUUUUGGUGGAUUUCUACCAAAGCUCCCACAAAAAAAGAAAAUUCUUAAUAGUAAGACACUGAAUUGUGCACAGAGCAGUCAUUUUGGGAAAGUACUGAUUAAUGCUGUAACGUCGGACACUGCAAUUCAACAAGGAAACAAUGACCCUGUCCAAAAUAUUGAUGAAGAAAUUCUUCCUUACUACACUGAUGAGGAGGACUCGGCUGAAAAUAUGAACUGCGAGUUCCCUGCAGAAAACUGCGAUAAGGAAAACCCUGUUGAAACUGUUGAGACUGAUGUUGGUGUAAAUGACUCAGGCUUUGAUAAACCAGUACUCAACCAAACACCAAGGCAGAAAAGACCUCUCCAGGAAGAUGGACAUGAAGACAUCAUGGUGCAUGACAGAAAGAUCAAGAGAAGCCCCGAUGUUCCUUCUGCAAAUCAAGAAAAGGAAGCCAGAGUGUGUCGUGUCCAGUGGAGCAGUAGUGCUUUGGGCAUUACAGCAGAAAUCCUGCCAAGUGGGACAAUGACCAAGACCUUUGACACCACUUCUGGUAGCAGCAACAGCAUGAACCUAAAAGCUGAAGCAACAUUUGACUCAAGUGCUCAGAGAUGCAGUAGAUUCGAAUCCCAAUUUUUGGAGGAGAUAGAGGAUUUACAAGAGAAACUUCAAGAUGGUAGCAUUACAGCCAAAGAAUUUCUCCAGCUCCUUGAUGUCUAUAUGCAUAUCCAGAGACCUAGGCAGAGCACACUUCCUCACAAUGUAGCAUCAGAUUCAGCUCCUAAGACAGAGGUCUUGCUCAAAGAAAAGUAUAUUUAUAGACCUCAACAACAGGUUUACGAAGAGGACUGUCAAGCAUUGACAGAGACUGUGGACAAAUUAAAGACCAGAAUCUGUGACCAAGAAAAAACUUUGAAGAGCAUGAAUGAAUCUCUGUGGUUAACAGUGAAAUCUUAUUCAAAAGAACAGUUGAGAAGUCUUGCAUUCAAGCUGAAUGAGAAAAAAGUACAAUUCAGGAAGAACGUUAAAGCUUAUUUCCAUGAAAUAAAAAUUGACUCGUAUUCCAAGUUGGUGCAGUGUGCACAGACUGCACAACAGGAUUUAAAGGAAAAGAUCAAUUUGACUGAAGGGUUGCUGCAAAACUUAAAUGAAUGUUUCCAUAAUCUAGAAGCAGAGCUUGCAGGCUUGGAUUGUUCUGAAAUGGAAGAAGAAAAUGUGAACCCGGAAUUGGAGCUUACCUUGAAGACUAGGCAAGAAGAGCUUGAAAACCUCAAUGCAGAGGGUGCGGAUUGUGAAAGGAAAUUGUUCAAAUUGGUGACGGAAAAUAAACAGCUUGAAACUGAAGUUUGCAAACUGCAGGUGAAAACACAAGAGUUGGAACUCUACAUUCAAGACCUCAACAGAUUAUCAGAAUGGACACUUACUCAGUGGCUAGAUGGCCGGGCAGUCUUCACCUUUUUGAAUGGAUCUCUUGAACUCGAACUGGUAUUUGAAGCACCACGUGAUGAAACUCAUUCAAGUGAAAAGGCUGUGCUAAAUAUUCUGGCUAUAAACUUUUACACACUAUUGGAUGAUGAAAGAGCACAUCCUUCCUCUCUUGUAAUCCACAGUCUGAUAAACCAGUUCAUAAACAGUAAGGAAAGUUGGUGCAAGAAAUACUCAACGCAGUAUGAUAUUCCUAAGCUCCUUCAUGACUUCUCUAUUGUGGUUAGUCAUCUACGUCUUCUUGGACAAGAGCUCCGAUACCUGAAAAAAUGGGGGCCGCUCAAAUUUGAUAUAUUGGAAAUGACACUUUUAGACACACAUGUCAAGAUUUUGUUCUCCAGUGUUAAAGGAUUUGCAAAGUUUGAAAUUACAUUAGCUCUUACUCCAGCUUACCCAUUUUCCCGUCUAGUGCUGUUGGACUUCAAAAAUUACAUUGGAAAUUUAAGGUGGGAACAGAUCGAAGAGGUACUAUGUGCAGUUCAACCUGAAAACGACUACCUUACCAGGAUUGUGGAAAAGAUUCACCUAAACCUACUGACAAAGCCUUCUGUCCAUUUUUAAGCACUGCUAUAUCCAAUGCCAUUUUUUAAUGUUGAUGAGAGUUAAAUAUUUUAAAUCCAAAACAUUGUUUAAAAGCUUUUUAACAUAUGCACUCACUUUAUUUUGAAGAUUAAAUUCUUCAUAACCCUGUGUUAGCCACCAAGCCUAAUAUGUUAUUUCUGAGCACCUUUAGCUCAGGAUGGAGGAGCUGUGCACUAAAGACUCCAGCCUCCCUCAUAUGUUUCUGAUGCUGAUAUAUUGACUUGUCAUUUUCUCUUUUGUAUUCAGUGCUACUGCCUAGCUAAUGUUCCGAUUUGGUAGUCAGUAAAAACUUAAUUAGGGCUCUAAUCAGAAGUUACAAUAAUACGCAGCCUUUCAUUUCACAAUGUCCUGGUUUUAACAAGCCAUGCUGUGUAGUACUAACAUACUAUUGUGGGUUUAUCUGAGUGACAUUUGCAGUGAAACUUUGCUGUAACUUCACUGUCCCUUUUUAGUACACAUCCUGAAUUUAAGUUUCUCAUUAGUGCUAAUCAGUUUGUAAAGUCAGCCUUGUAUAUAUAAAACAAAUCAGAUAGCUCCAGAUAUUUACUAUUUGCAAAGGAUUUACCAUUUUUUAAGUAGACUUUGUAUAUUUGAAUAAAUAUGUAAGCGUUUAUGUAUUUUUUUUACUCUGUAUAUGUAUAGAUGCAGCUUUAAGUAGAGGUGAAUCAGGAAUUAGUUUUCUCUUUCUUAAAGUAAUUUUAAGUAUGCUUGAAGUUGUUGUGUAUUUAAUUUAACCAGAUUUAUUUCUUAAUUUUGCUUUUCUGAAAAGUUAAGCUUGAUAAAAGAGAUACAAUGUUUUGU